UACCUGAUCUCCAUUUGUUGUUCAUCUGAGGAUUGAGACUAAAUCAGGAUGUUGACCACUGCAGCUCUUAUUCUCAUUGUCACCAGUAAAGUUGUCUUAGGAUGGGAUGGCAGACGGGCUGAUGAAGGAAAGAAAUAUUCAUUAGAUAUGGCACUGGAUUCAGUCGAUGACAUGUAUGAUCAUUGUGAAAGCAAAAUGAGAAUGGCUGUAAGAACAACAUUUCUAUUCAAAGAAAUGUGUGCUAACGUGGAUACAUUUGGGCAGGUUUGGGCGUAUAGUACAGGAGGAAUCCCUGGACCAGAUAAAUUAAAAAACUACCAUUUAGUUGCAAUUUACAUAUACACUGAUGAUAGUAUAUAUGGAAAAUUUAAUCGCGAUGUUAGGAUUGGUAGAAAAGAUUACAAAGGCAAGAAAUACACAUGGAAUUCACUUCACUUUUUGUUGACAGAAGCUAUACAGAUUCUUAAGAAAAAACAAAAGAAAUGCAUAACAACUUAUCGUGGUACCAACCAUACGUUUAAUGAGAAUGUUCUGAACACAGAGAUUCGUUUUGGCUCAUUUACGUCGUCCUCUACUAAAAAAAAAAUUGCAAUGGGAUUUGGAAGUGAAUCUUGUUUUGAAAUCCAAACUUGUUAUGGUGCUGAUGUGUCAAAAUACUCCCGGAAUCCUGGUGAAAAAGAGGUGCUGAUUCCCCCAUAUGAGACAUUUAAAGUCACUGCUAUCGUGAAGAAAGAUCAGAAGAAAAGUGCCUGGUGUAAAACUGUGUUCAUGUUGAAAAGCUCUGGAUAUAGAAGUGACUUAAACUGUGCAGUGGUCUCAAUUAAGCCACAGAUAUAUCACAAUGUCUCUCUGUUUGAUUAGCUCUUACAUCUUCAUUCAUUUAUCUUUUUUUUAUUGAAUGUUGCUGUCAUUCACCACGUUUACAUGCACACCAAUAAUGCGAUUAUUUCCAAUAAUGCGAGUAAGGUCUUAAUCGCAGUAAGAUGUUUACAUGACUGGAGCUAACCUCUUCACUCCAGUUUACAUGCAGUUUUUAUUUUCGGAUUAUUCACACAUAGCCCAAUGCAGAGCAAAAAUGAUGA